AUGGCCGACGAGCCAGCGCUGCCCCGUUUCCCACGCUGGGAUUCAGGGUCGCAGAGCUUCAACGCGCGCAAGCGCGUCCGCAGUGGCGACGAUGCCGCCGCGGCGCAGCUUUUUGCCAACUCGAGCGACCCGGCCAUGUUCUCGAGUGACGACGACCCCAAUGUCGAAAACUACACCCAGGGCGGUCCUCGCCACCGCAAGAAGCGGUACGUGGGGUCCUGGUUCCAGCAGCAGCCCGCGUCGGGGGACUCGGCCUUUAGCGAGGAGUCGUGUGCAUCUCAGCAUCAUCACAACAGGCUGCCUAGGCCGCCUCGGGGCGCGGCAAAGCGAACCUUUGAACGCACCUUUGACAGUGGUGUCUGGAUGGGCAGUGACGCGUCUACCGACCUGGAACUCGAAGACUCGCUACCGCCGCCCCCUGCCUCGCGCUUGCCGCAGCUCGAUGUGAAUAGGGGUCGUCAGACUAUGGUCAUCUCGAGGGCUGAGGAACUGGCUCGGGAAAAGAUUUUUGACGCCGUGGAGAAUGGCACAGAAGACGUUGAUCUCACAUCAAUGAACCUCGAGACACUGUCGAAUGCAACAAUUGCGCCCCUGUCAGGACUCGAGUGUAUUCCAACGGUUGCCGAAGGUGUGCCAUUCGAGCAAAAGGAUCCUUCUCUCAAGGUCUACUUGAGUCAGAACCCAUUGACCAAGAUGCCUGGGGCACUAUGCAAUCUACAGUUCCUCACAUAUCUCACUCUUCGUAACACAAAGGUCACAGAGAUUCCGCCAGCGAUUGGCAAUCUUCGCAACCUCCAGACCCUCAACAUAUCCCUUAACAGGCUUAGAUAUCUGCCCGGCGAACUUCUGGACCUACUGUCUUAUCCAUCAAAGCUAAAGAGCUUGAUGAUCCAUUCAAACUACUUUUACUCGUUCCAUGGGGACAAAUUCACCACGGAAAAGGAAGAGUCGGAAUUGGAAAACGUGGAGCACAUCUUCUCGCUUGACGACAGAUCCAUGGAUGAUGAACGUUCAACGAUGAAGCUCUGGCUAGACCGACAGGAUGGCUUCCAAGAUGGCCGUGAAUAUCCCGAGCUCGCCAAGCACCGAAACUGGACGUGGCGCGCGAGAAUUGUUGCUAGAACACCAGUGCAAUUCGAGGACAGCCGAGGAUUCAUCACAUCAAAGUACCACUUGCCCGACCACCAAACCAAGUCAGGCGCAAAACUCGAGACUGAGGACCUUGCGCAAACACCAGAGCCGCCACUGGUGGGAGCAUCAAGAAAAUCGAGCCGAGUGCCCUCGUUGCUGGAGCUGGCGCUGAAGGCCUGCUCCCGAACUACGCAGCUGCCACACUUGCCAUCGUAUCUGCCCGAGGACGCACCUGCCCACCUGCCCGAGCUCCUUCGUCGCAUCGCAGCCCAGGCCGAGGCGAACGCCAACAUGGGCGACCUGCCUUGCUCCAAAUGCAAGAGACGUGUCAUUGUGCCCGUUGCGCACUGGAUCGAGUGGUGGCAUCUGUAUAAGCUCCGAUUCCAUACCGAAGCCGGUAUGCCAACGAGCGUAUUCGACAGUAAUGACGCUGUGCCCUUCAUGAAGCGGGCCUGUUCUUACACUUGUCUUCCCGAGGCUACAGAGCAGGGAGCUCUGCUACCCGGAUCAGUGCGAUAUAGCAUAGAAAGGUCGGAGAGUUGA